CGCUCAAAGGAAGAGGGAUAGUGCAUUCGGACUAGAAGGUAUCGCUAUAGCUUUUCUCACUUUCCCUCAAACAGCAGAGCACGGUCUUAUUUUUAUGCGCGGUGUUCCUUCCAUCCGUGGUACCAAGCCAGGAAGAUGCCCAAACCGAAGACAUGCCCCUUCCCAGGCUCCCCUCUGUGGCUGGUAUCCGUUGCUCUGAUGGUGCGGUCGGUGAUAUCCUCUUCUUCGACCUACCAGAGACCUGCACCGGGCGGCGGGGGGAAGAGAACGGGGUUCAUGGAGAGGACGCUCAUUUUGCUAGAUGUCAACACCCGCAGUCCGGUUCAAGUUCUAAAUGACAACUUCCUCUCUUUACAGUUGGAUCCGUCGAUUAUAAAGGACGGGUGGCUGGACUUUCUGAGUUCCAAGCGUUUGGUAACCCUAGCCCGAGGUCUGUCCCCAGCCUAUCUGAGGUUUGGAGGAAAGAGAACUGACUUCCUCCAGUUCCACAACUUGAAGAACCUUGCCAAGUUCAGAGGCCCUGGCCCAGAUUACUACCUAAAAAACUAUGAAGAUGACAUAGUGCGUAGUGACAUUGCCCUGGACAAGCAGAGGGGCUGUAAGCUGGCCAACCACCCUGACAUGAUGCUGGAGCUGCAGAGAGAGAAGGCAGCUCAGAUGCAGCUCGUCCUCCUCAAAGAGCAGCUCUCCAACAUCUACAGCAACAUCACAAUAACAGCCAGGUCUUUAGACAAACUGUACAACUUUGCCGAGUGUGCUGGUCUGCAUCUGGUCCUUGGGCUCAACGCCCUGCAGAGAAACCCUGACUCCUCCUGGAACUCCUCCUCAGCACUCAGCCUCCUCAAAUACAGCGCCGGGAAGAAAUACAACAUUUCCUGGGAACUGGGCAACGAGCCUAAUGGCUACCGUAGCAUGAUGGGUCAGACAGUGAACAGUUCCCAGCUAGCCCAGGACUACACCCUGCUGAGAACGCUACUGCAGUCUGUACGCUACUACAACCGAGCACACCUCUUCGGCCCGAACGCUGGACGACCACGCAAAAACGCCAUUCUGCUGCUUGAUGGGUUCAUGAAGAACGCUGGUUCGGUUGUGGAAGCUGUAACGUGGCAACACUACUACAUGGAUGGCAGAGUGACCAAAGUAGAGGACUUUCUGAAGACGCGCCUGCUGGACACCCUGACCGAACAGAUCACUAAAGUACUCAAGGUAGUGAAUAGCCAUGCACCUGGUAAGAAGGUGUGGUUGGGUGGAGUAGGUCCGGAGUGGGCUGGAGGAACCAAUAACCUCUCUGAUACCUACGCUGCUGGCUUUCUGUGGCUGAACACUCUGGGCAUGGCAGCGAUGCAGGGGAUUGAUGUUGUCCUGCGACACUCGUUCUUCGACUAUGGAUACACACACCUCGUAGACCAGCACUUCAACCCACUACCGGACUACUGGUUCUCCCUGGUGUUCAAGCGUCUGGUGGGUCCCAGGGUGUUGGCAGUGCGGGUAGCAGGCUUACAGCGGAAACCACGACCAGGGAGGGUUAUACGAGACAAACUACGCAUCUACGCACAUUGUACCAGCUUUCACAAUCGUAACUACGUGAGAGGAUCCAUAACCAUCUAUAUCAUCAACCUGCAUCGGUCGAGGAAGAAAAUCAAGCUGGCGGGUACCUUACGUAACAUGACUGUCCAUCAGUACCUGGUACAGCCCUAUGGGACAGACGGACUACACGCCAGGUCAGUCCAGUUGAACGGAGAAAGGUUGUUGAUGGUAGACAACGAGACGUUUCCAGAGUUGAAGCCUCGGACUCUGCGGGCAGGGAGGACAAUAGCCAUGCCCCCUAUGACCAUCGGCUUCUACGUCAUCAAGAACAUCAACGCUUACGCCUGCCGCAGAUAAUACUCAACAGAUAAAACUCCUCCUCUCCCUUCACCUACCCCCCCCCCACACCCCUCACCACCCCCACCGUUUCCUAAUACCGGACCACAUCCUCACCCCUCGCUCCACUUAUCCUUACUUCCUAGCCCUUACUUUCUACCUUCUGUUUCCUUAUCACUAGUCCCUAGUCCCUGGUCUGACUCCGAAAGGCUUGCCCUUCGUCCAAAACAAGGGUUGCACUGAAUACCUUUCAAUCGCUCUCUACACCAACUCCCCCAUGUGCUGUGAGACGGACAGUGAUGAUUCUAGUAUGUGAUUUUGUAUUGUUUUGUAAAAAGGUUAUUGAGUUUUGUUAUGACAGAACUUCUAUGUCAGAUGGUUGUAUCAUCAUCCAACAAGGCUUCUCUUCCAUGUCUUUGAUCAUCAGAUCUACUAACGGUCACUCAGCUUUGUAUCUGCCAACAACUCUUAUUGUUUCCCCCGCAAACUCCUUUCAACUCUCUGUUGUUGAUACUCACAUGCUCCUGGCAGAAGGAUAGACAGAAAGAAGAGAAAACAUGGAGAAAACACAACCAGUCAACCACAGGGCAUGUGUUAGCUCCAACAGCCAUGUCUGCUGUUCUGAUUGAAUUAUCUGUCUCCGUGUGUGUGUGUGUGUGUGUGUGUGUGUUUGUGUGUG